GCCAAAGCCACUCACACAGCCAAUAUCAGUCCUCCAUCAUGCCAUGGAAGAGCUCCAUUAAUAUGUGGAACUUCGCCUGUCUCUUGCCAAUACCUGGCGCGGCCCUUGACCGUUAGGCCCAUGUCAGGCCCAUCCAAUCAAGAGCCCUGACUGCCGGCAUGCGGUGCCUCUAAAAAAUCACUAUUGAUGCUCUAUCGGGCAAUGUCGUCACACCGAAUCAGACGAUGUCUCCGGAGACUUGCCGGGCAGAUACCCGGGCAAGGGGUGGGAAGACUGCCGGGCAACCCGAAGCCAUACGCAGUCGUGAAGAAUCCCGCCAUUUGGAGACCACUUCUCCAGACUAGUCCCUCCCCGCACCCCACACUAUCUCCAGUUUUCCACGCUUGCGGAACAGUCUUUACCCUUGCCCGUUUGCUUAAAUACCCGAUCAAGCAUGAGGUUUUUUUGGGCAGCAUCCGAGUUUCCUUGCCGUCAAUAUGUGGGGUCGUACGAUUUUUGCAGCCUUGGCUUUACUCUCUGGCUGUGUGCCGGCUGAGGCCAGCCUCACCAUUCUCUUCCAAAACGAUGGCAACUGGACAACGCAUGCCCAGACACCCAGUGCUCUCUUUGUUGAUGAUGCCUUGAGCUACCAGGCUGCCCAAGCCACCUGUGCGCACUACAAUGAAACACUGCUCAGCUGCAAGGACUACGCGGACUUCCACUACUCCUUCACCUACCAGCAGCAUUUGCAGAACAUCAGCCCUGAUCAACUUUUCUGGUCCUCCUGCAGCUCGGAUCGCCCGACAACUUGGGAUGGAGAGGUUUCUAGCACCUCGUCUUCUGCUUCCCUCCCGUUCCUCUGCUCCAACUCCGCGCCUUUCGUGGAAGAAGUCGCAACCGACUACUCGGUAUUUCCGCGGGUCAACGCCAGUGCCAAUGGCGUGACAUUCGAGGGUUUGCGCGACCACAUGGCAUUCCGGUUCAUGGGAAUCCCGUUUGCCCAGCCUCCUGUGGGUGAUCUGCGUUUCAAGUAUGCACAGGAAUGGACCGGCUCUUAUGUCAAUGCCACCAAAUAUGGUCCCGCUUGUAUGCAGACCGGCUGGUACGAUGGAAACAGCUAUGGCCUCAAUCCUUGGGGCAACAGCGAGGACUGUCUACAUCUAAAUGUGUAUACCCCCUCUCUCCCAUCGUCGGGAAGUUCACGCAGACCUGUCAUGCUUUGGAUCCAUGGGGGUGGUCAGGCCCAGGGAACAGGCGCCGACUCCACAUUCGAUGGUGACAGUUUCGUUAGCCGUAACGACGUGGUUCUCGUUACCAUCAACUACCGAUUAAACAUCUUCGGAUAUCUCAGUCUGGAUGACGACGUGGUUCCGGGCAACUGCCAGCUCACGGACAAAAUUGAGGCGCUCAAAUGGGUUCAGAAAUACAUCACGGCCUUUGGGGGCGACCCUGAGAAUGUCACGGUUUUCGGCCAGUCUGCCGGAGCUUCGUCCGUCAUCGACCUUCUCACGACUCCCAAGGCUAAUGGGCUCUUCCAGAAUGCCAUUGCACAGUCCAUCGCAGGCCACGUGGAAACCUCCAAUGCGUCAGCCGCUGCCAUCCUGCCGUCUAUUCAGCCAUUGUGCAACAGCACCGGCACGGAGCGUCUGAGAUGUUUGCAGUCUCUUUCUGCUGAGACCCUCCUCAACAUCAGUUCUGUCGCGACCUGGGACACUGUGAUCGACGGGAUCUAUAUUCUGGACUACCCUGUUGCCCAGGUUGCGAAGGCCGUUAUCAACAAGGUGAACUUCCUGACUGGCUACAUGCCGGAAGAGGCGCAAUCGAUCCUCCAAACCACCAUCUCCCCCAAUGCCACCAGCUUCAAUGCCUCCCUUCAGACGCUGGUCGGCACCGACUCCAUCACCGAAGCUCAAGUCCAGGCGAUAUUCUCCUCGCAGCUAUGGGCCAAGUACGACAGCCCUUACAAUGCCACCGUGCAUGUCGACUCGCCAGCUGGAAUGACCUGCUACUCGAAGGAAUUCGCCGAGGCAGGUGCUGCCUCCCACGCCUACAAGAGCCUCUACGUCUAUCUCCACCAACGUGCCUACGGACUCAAUUACUACGACUGGUACGACCUGUGCACUUACCCCGUCGGCGAGCCCGACACGCCGUACUACCGCUGUCACUCCGGAGAUCUCUACGAGGUCUUUGGAACAUACUACUUAUUUGACCAGCCCGUCCGCAGCAACGAGGACAUCUACUAUACCAACAUGGUGCAGGAUAUGUGGGCCUCGUUCGCUCGCUCGGGCAAUCCCAAUGUCGAGAGCAGCUACCUCCGUGCCCGAGGAUACUCCAGCACACUCCAGUUGACAUCCAGAUGGAACUGGGUGGAGUACACGCCGAAUAGCGCUAAGGUGGCUAACCUUCAGUAUCCCCAGCCUUCCUUAUCGACGUUGCCAUACUUGGAGGAAUGUACUGUCUUGGGCCUUGAUCACACCAACUAAGUAAUUGGGGAGUUUACUGUAGCCGACAAUCACAGCAUACCAUCAGACCGAUCGAUUCAGCGGGUGUCUAGCUUCAGCUGCGACCUCCGGGAUCAAUAUCAGACUGUUUGUUCCCGCUGUCAUUCCGUUCAUGGUUAACAGACCCGGAAGUAAUUAGAAUAGAACUGACCACCGUGUCCUAGAUAUGUGAGAAUGAGUUAAAUGAAUCCACUACUUACUGUUUCA